AUGAGCUUUGCGGGACGCUGGCUCAUUGUGCUGGGUCACAUCCUCCUUCCUGGGAAAGUUUUGGUACAAUAUUCCUCUGGAACCUUCGUGGCAUCGGCGCCGACGGAGGGCAGUACGCUUCCGGCAGCACUGGAUACCAUGGCCGUUCCCUGGAAAUGCCAGUGCGGAACCCAGUGCAAGGGCACUGCCGAGUAUUGCUCCAAGUGUGGCUUGCACUGGAGACAAUCCUGCUACCCCACGUACACAGCCCAUUCUGCUCCCUCGGACAAUGGAGGUCGACGGAAAGCCAGGUCGCCCCGAUCUCGAGGCGACAAUGGCAAGGGCAAAGCGACACGGCCCUUUUCUCCGAGGAGCCGAGGACGUGGCAAAGGUGGACAAGCCGAAGCGAAGGGCAGCGAGGCCGCCACCGGGAAAGGAACAGGGGCCGCUCCAUCGGCCCCAGCGACCUACAUGUCGCAGCUGCCUGCGGCCCCGAGUGGGCCACAACUUGCGCAGCCGACGGCUCCAACUGCCCAGGAUGGGGUCGACAAGUUGCCCCAGACCAUCCAGGACAUUUUGUCCUCCCUGGCCUCGAGCAAGGCCGAGUUGCCGCCGGAGAUCCGCGCAGUCCUCGACGUGCACAUGGAGACCAACCACCAGCAGACUACAAAGCAACUCCACCGGCUUGUGGGACAGCAAAGCCGCGCGCAGAAAGAACUCCUAGCGAUUCGCAAGAGCAGGAGUCUUUUCGUACAGGAGUGGUCUGCAUACCUGGAUCAGCUGACACAACUCUUGCAAAAGCAGCUCCUCCAAAAGGAGGCCACUCUGGCAUCGAUGGCAGAGUCGGAGCAGAGUUGGCAGGAGCAGCUGAGUACAGCCACCAGGGCUAUCCGACAGCAGACGUCUACGGCGUCUACAGCAGAGGCGGUUCUGAGCUCCGAGGAGGAACAGGACGCGAUGGAUGCCGAGGUGGAUCUGGAUGCGGCUCUGGAAGCUUCCAAGCAGGCUGCUGUGGAGUCCAGUCAGCAAAAGGAGGCGAACCUGAUACAUGCACUGCAGUCGGCGAGUGCUGCGUCUGCCGUACAGGCGCAGCAGUACCGGGAGCGCACGCCGCGACGGCGCAAAUCAGGGGAGAAGGAGAUCGAGAUCAAGCAAGAGCCAGGGACGGAGGAUGCCGGAGGACACGACGGUACGUCGCACCCUGGCAAGGCCCAGUGA